CUGGGUGUUCCAUUACCACUUGGCGGCAUUGGUGGCCUAUCAUGUGGUGUUUUUGCGGCACCAGUGAAUGGAAUCGUGACAUACAGUACUGGCUCAGUAAUUGGACCCUUUCCGGCCGGAACAGUCGCAACAAUAGUAUGCAAUCCUGGUUUUACUCCAAUUGGUAUUACCUCAUCCACAUGCAUGAAUGGAGUUUGGUCACCGUCUUUACCUGGACAAUGUGUCGUUGGCGGCAUCGGUGUUGGUGGUAUUGGUGCACCACUUGGCACACAACUUGGCAUACCAUUUGGUGCACCACUUGGUGCAGGAAUUGGCGCACCAUGUGCACCCCUCCCUGCGCCAAUAAAUGGACAAAUAUCCUACUCGAAUGGUCUUGAAAUCGGGCCAUUUCCAUCCGGUACCACAGCUACCGUUGUGUGCAAUGAGAACUUCGUAGCCAAUGGUCUUACGUCUGCAACGUGCAUCAAUGGAGCGUUCUCACCAAUCAUCUUGUCGCAGUGUAUUCCUGAAGGAGUUGGAGGUCUUGGUCUUCUCGGUGAACUACAAUGUGCUCCAUUAGCGGAUCCACCAUAUGGUGAGUUGACAUAUUCGGAGCCAGCUACGCCCUCGUACCCGUCGCGAACAAUUGCUACAUUGGUGUGUAAUCUGGGAUUUAUAGCAAGCGGAGCGGUUGAAUCGACAUGUAUUAAUGGACAAUGGCAGCCACCUGCAAUGGGAGUUUGCCAACAGAGCUUUGGCGGCCUCGGCCUUGGACCACUGUCUCCAAUGUCCAGCCAGUGCAUGUUUGAAAUACCUGCUGUAGCUAAUGGACAAAUCCGAUAUUCCACGGUAAGAAUUUUUUUUUUUUUUGUAAACUGUGUGUAAAA